GGGUAAAGUUUUAAAUAAUUUGUGUUGUUUUUGAGACAAAAUAGUUUAAAUUUUAAAUAAAAACAAGUUUUAAAUAAGUGACGUGAUGUCUGCCAGGAUAUUUGAAGUCGGAGAGGAUCUGAAUUUCAGAUGGCAUGAACCUUGUCUUGAAGAACCUCAUUCUUCGAUUGACACCAGUGAUUUAAGACUGUCGGCUUCAGAUCUUCUAUAUGGAUUUACCCGAAUACAACCUUGCAGUAUUAGAAGAUCUUUUAGUGUUAUACAUCACAACAAACGAUUUGAACCAGGUUCGUCCGAUUUUCGACCUUAUUCGAGUCUACCACACGGCUAUGAUGUUAACAAAAGUGCUUUUUUGAGAUCACUGAGCGAACGCAAAACGAAAAAAUCGACUGAAAAUAAUAGCAAAAACGAUAAAAAUUCGCCAGAGAACGAUAAAAAUUUGCCAGAAAACGAUACGAAUUUGCAAAAAAACGAUAACAAGGACCAAAAAAUUGACGAAAAUAAUAAAAAUUCGCCAGAAAUCGAUACGAAUUUACAAGAAAACGUUAGCAAGAUCGAAAAAAUUGACAAAAAUAAUACAAACGAUAAAAAUUCGCCAGAAAUUGAUACAAAUUUGCAAGAAAACGAUAGCAAGGACGAAAAAAUUGGCGAAAAUAAUAAAGACGAUAAAAAUUCGCCAGGAAACGAUUCGAGUUUACAAAGAAACGAUAGCAAGAUCGAAAAAAUUGACGAAAGUAAUAAAAACGAUAAAAAUUCGCCAGGAAUUGAUACAAAUUUACAAGAAAACUACAGCAAGACCGAAAAAAAUGACGAAAAUGUUGACCAGGGGUCGAAAAACCCAGAAAUUGACCACCAGAACGAAGCUGGUGAAAUUUUAGAAGUUGAACAAUGUGAUAAAAACGAUUUGGCUUUUGAUAAAAAUAGUGUUAAGGACAAGCAAGACAAGAAACAGAACCCUAAGGCUCAAAAAAUUAAACCAGAGCCUAAAACCAACAAAGUUGUGCCCAAAAUUGAUGAACCAACCACCAAACCAGCUCCGAAAUCCAAGGCGAGCAAAAGAAGCGCUCGUCGAAGACGUUUUAAUUCUUUAAGCCCUACAAGAUCUGACAACCUCAAAAAACAUGUCCAGAACAGAAAAAAGGGCUCCAAAACACGCUACACGUCCUUGUCAGACCCUAACAAAGAAAUCCUUCAAAUGCCCAACGAUGAGAUACCUAAAGACCUAAAAAUCGGAGGCGAGGAUGAUGUAGACAACAUGCCCAAAUGGGCUAAAGUCAUCUUAAAAAAAAAUUUAGUCCUUGACUCAGACUGCCCUUCGUCCUCUGAUGAACUCACCAUGAACAAAAACAAACCAGAAGACACCACCAAAGACCAACCAUAUGAAUCUGAUGAAAAUUCUGGUCCUGGUAAACCAACUGAUACCAUCCCUAAGUCCUUUAUUACUAGUGAGUCUGAUGACAGUUGUGGUGGAGGACAAAUCAAGUCCUCCAGGAAGAGAUUUGGUGGUUUUUUGGAUGUUGCCAGAUGUGAUGAUGGUGUUGACAGUGACCAGAGUAACGCAGGGAAUUUGAAUUUUGCUUCGGAGAGCCUGGAGGAUCUUCCUUAUUCGGCUAUGGAGCUUCUAGAUGAUGGCAGGGUUGAUGGGAUUAGGGCCAGGAAGGUUAGGGUUAGGAAUGCUGAACGAAUCACAGUAUCAGUUCCAACAACUCCGAUAGCAUCCCACAGCAACAGACGCACCAGGACGAUAUCUUCAGAAAUAACAUCAAGUCCUUCUUCUUACAAUCGUCUGGUCUUCCUGACGUCUUCAGAUUCUUCCAGCAAAGAGGAAGAUUUUGACAACGAUUGUGAGUGCGAUUGGGACUACUUUGAACCAAGUUCAACUGGCACCAACUUACCACAAAUCGGGGAAAAAAAACAGGAAGAUAAGGUAAUUGUUGAAGACCAGGAUAAGGAACAAGAUGCUGAAGUCAAGAUAAUAGAUACACCACCACCAGACUCCUCAAUAGUUGUAUCCUCAGCAUCAGCACCUCUAGAUCCUCCCCCUCAGUGUUGUCAAAGUUGUGGUUCUCGUCCCAAGUACGUCCCUGUCCCAAUUCCGGUACCAGUGCCGGUUCCCGUCCCCUGGUGGGGCCCCAGAGAGUCCUUGGUGCUGUUCAGAAACGCCCUGCCGAGGUCAUCCUUAGAUCCUUCGUCCUGGAUGUGGUCUUCACCGACUGUUACUUCCACGCAAUAUGGGCUGGGUAGUUUUUAUCCCGGAUUUUCACCCGGAAACGGCUGGAUGACCGGAUUUGAUGGCAGUAUGUACCAGCAGCAGAGGAUGCCUCUGAUUGCUUCGUCUUUGGCUAACUAUGAUCGACAAGGUUUCACCACGGAUUUCAAUCUACCAACACCUCCAAACAUCCAGGAAUCUCCACAAAUAUCAGAAACAACCACCAAUUUACCUUUAUCGUCAAACGAAGUAUCGACAUCCAACCAAGAAGACAUCGUCUCUCCAAAAUCUUCACAAGAGUCUAAUGAGGACCUCAAAAUGAAAAUUUCUGAAAAAUUAGUGAACCAGGUCAAUUAUACUCCUGAUGAGUCGUUGGCUGCCUGUCUAAACCGAUCGGAGGCGGAAAUUGCCGAACCGGAUUCGCUCGGUGGAGACGAACUGGACAGAUCCCGUUACAUAAUCGAAGAAGACUCCUUGACAAUCUCUCAAUCGCAUUUAGAAUGCGAAAACGAAGGAAGUUCUACAUCGGAAUCCGAAACCGAUUCCGAAUCGGAGACAUCUGGCAAAAAACAACGGAACCACAUAAGCCGAUCUUAUAACAUCACCCAAGAAGAAGAAAAUGAUGAUGAUAGUGACUCCUGUGCAUUAUCAUCUUGUUCUAGCACUUCAGAUGAUGAUAAUGGUGAUGAUGAAGGUAAAACCAGGAAAAGGUUUUCCAAAGUCUUCACAGUAAAUCCUGACAACGACGACGUGGACAGUGACGUCGAUAUCAGUGAAAUCGCUUGCCUAGACUCCGAUUUAACAAAUACUACCGACAUAGUACUAUUGAGUUGUACGACCGACGUCAAUGACGCCCCACUCGCCGACAAUUCCGGAGUGGGAAUCGUCGACGAUUCAAGGGGGGGCUUGACCGCGCUCUCAGGUGUAACACAAAACAGUCUGUUACCUGCUAACGGUACAACCACAUCACUACAACAACAUGUAGGUGCGAAUACAAAAUACAAAAGUUUUGUUAUGAUAACCCAAACGCCAGAGGAAUCCUCCUUAGUCAACGUGGUCACCUCCGAAACGACCAAAGUCACACACGACGUCACUGUACGUCACACGAACGAUGAGAUAAAUGAUAUAAAUGACAUAAGUGAUAUAAAUGAUAUAAAUGACAUAAGUGAUAUAAGUGACCAAGUGCAGGUUGUUAACAUGAAAAUCGCCAGUGAUGGUAACAAAGUGCGUGUUUUAUCCGGUGACCAGUUGAGUCAAGUUAUUUGUUUAGAAGAAGGUUUGGCAGAUGAUGAUUCGUGGGUUGAGGACGUCGGAAGUCACGACGAUGAUGAAGAUUUUGCAACAACCACAGCCACAGAGUCGGAUUCUGGGGGCGAGGACGCCCUUAUGGCUAUGUUGUUAUCCCAACAGUCAGACCGUGAAGAAGAACUCCGAGGCUACCAUAGGCAAGCCAUAGACUUCACCUUAUUCACAAUUGCUGAGGAAAGUUGUGAGGAAAGUGAGACUGAGUGCAAACCCCAACCUAAACAACGUCCUUUAUCGUCAUCAGAACUUGAAAAAUAUUUUUUCUUCGGCUUGUGUGGUGAUGGUGCUAACCAACCUAGUAGUAACCAAGUACCUAGUAGUAAUUUGGAUGAAGCCUCGGAGACUUCUAGUGUAUACAGUGAAGGUGUAGACUCGAUCACCAACGACGAUGAUGUAAAUUCUGGCAACACCGAAGAAUCCCAAGAACGCCUAGCGUCUUCACGCCUGGAAAAAUAUUUCCUCACCGGUUUUAUGGGUUUUACCGAACGUCGGGAGUCUGAUGGUAGUGGCAGUGUUGGUUCUGACAGUGAAGGUAGACCUAGUCCUGAACAAAGACGUAAACGUCUAGUACGUGCACGUGGUACAGGCAGAUCUUCACAUUCAUCAUCCCUAGACAAUCUACUAGUCGACCAGAACACUGAAGUUGAACCUCAAUUAUUAGCAAAUUCUGUAAACGAUUUGGUGCAACAACAAAGUUCCCAAGAUUCCUCCGAAACCGAUGAAGGCGGUAACGUUGACGAAGGUGCUAUCAGUUUUGAUAAAGAUGGUACAUUUGAUACAGUCAAACGCAAACAAAAACAUGCUAAAAAAAACAAGCAUGAAAAUAAUGAAGAUAUUGAUCACAAAGAUGAUGAUGACAUUCAACCGCAGCCAGAAUUCCUAAAUAUGACACCAACGGAUUUGGCUAUUAGCAGAAACAAGCAACAUAGUCGUGACAGUGGUUUUAUAGGCAGCUGUGAUGAUUUGUUGAAGGAACAAAAAGCCCAUCAUGGUGAUGAUGUCCAAAACAAGGUGGAGCAACUUGCUGAAAUCGCUGAAGAAAACAGUUCCAGGUUGGACGAAACCGAAGGCAAGUUGUUAUCACGCAAAGACAGCUUCAACAAUUGGAGUUCUGACGAAGAAACCAACAUGAUGAUGUGUAAAAUGCGCCAGUUUUUCAAAACCAUGGUCGCAGGCGGCCGGAAUAACCAAAACCCAACCACAAACAAAACCGCAAACAAAUCCCCACAACUUUUGUAUUUUGAAAGCGAGUUAACAAGACUCAUGAAAACUGUGCCGGGUAUACGGGAGGACCAGGUUAGGGAAAUUGUUGAGUAUUUGAGUAGUGAAGAUACCUGGAGUGACAGUUGUGACUCGUCUGAUUACACAAGUUCAGAUUUGGAAGGUGCCAUGGAUCGAACAGCCUUACGCCGACAAAUUUCUGAUAGUUGCAGGAGGAUAAUAUCGAAGUUUGAUGCUAAUAAUGUUGAGGAUGAGGAAGGUGAUGCUGGUGAUGGCGGUGUUGUGGAAGAAGCUCGGGAGACUGCUUUUAUAUACCAAAAACUUGUAGCAUCAUUUGGUAACGAACCUGCUAAAUUACCUGCACAACAACCCUUAGACGACUCGUCGCCUUUGAUUGCAAAAGUAAUGCACCACAUUGGUAGCAGAUUGGUGGCGUUAAUGCAAGAGGUGUCCUCCAGUGGUGGUGAAUCUCAUGCAAGUGCUUCACCAAGAGUCUCUAAACACCAUUACCACAGACGAUCACAACAUAAAGUGUCCUCGACAACCGAAGACGAGGAAGAGGACACUUUAUCUUUGCCCAGGAGCAAAUCGCAUGAUCCUUUACUCGCUGACCAGGCAGUUCCUACAGAUGAACGCGAAGCCAGUGACUAUGAAAGGUUUUCUUGGCGUGGAAGUUUCGAAUCGGCUUUGAUGACCGGUGCUGAUUCCCGCACAAAGUUAUCACUUUUGAGUGAAAAUUCACAAUCGGCAGUAGCCUUGGCUGCUAAAAGGCGCUCUGCAGGCGACUUGCUAUUCGGAAGAAAAUCCCCGGGAAGUCGUGAACGCCUAGACAGAGUCCGCAGUUGCGGCAGUAUCGGCAGGGUUAGUACAGACUGGUCCGAGGAUAAUGAUGAUAUACAACCCAAAAACCGUAGACUGAGCGUACCAGAUUCCACAUGUGGCUCCUCUUCCGACAACGACGACCAACAAACCUCUAAUAAACGAUCCACGACCCUUCCCAGGAGUUUAGUGCCUCAACAAAGUGCCAGUAGUAAUUCUUUACCGCGUCAGCAUCAGUUUUUGCAAAAUAAUAGUGGAAGUGGUGUUAAAAGUGCGAGGUAUAGGGCUCCUGGGUUCGCAGGAUGCAGAGCCUCUGGUGGUGGUGGUAGUGGACCUAAACGAGCUGGUUCUGCACCAGGGUUGCAGCAGCAGACUGCGCCACCUAGGAGAGAACCUAGGAGGCGAGUGGCGCAUUCGCAGAACAACUCGCACCAUCAACAAUUGAUAAGCCAAGAUGACAGUGGAGUUUCGGCCAACAGUUCGCCCCUGACCCGCCUAAGGACCGCCGGCGGUCACCAUAGAGAUCUGGGCCAAGAUUGGGCCGCCACUGGCGGUCUUCAGGAUGAUGACGUCACCGGAAUAGGUUCCGGAAGCGACAGGAUGCUCCGGUUGCAUAGCAACCGGAGUCUGUCAUCGCUCGGAUUGCGAUCUGAUUCGAUGGCCUCAGUCUACUCAGGAGCCGGUGACGGUCGAUAUGGAACAGUUGCAGUCAAAGGAGAAGUCGAAUUUGGACUCCAAUACAACUACAAAACUGAUUCCUUGAUGAUCAGAAUCAAACAAUGUCGAGAUUUGGCCCAAGUCGACGCCAAGAGAAACAGAUCUGACCCAUACGUAAAGGUUUACCUUCUGCCAGACAAAUCCAAGAGUGGUAAAAGAAAGACCAAGGUGAAGAAGCAUACUGUGAAUCCAAUCUUCGAGGAAACUCUGAGUUUUAACUUGUCUUUAGAAGAAUUAAAGACUAGGACUUUAUGGUUGACAGUUUGGCACUCCGACAUGUUUGGACGCAACGACUUUUUAGGAGAAGUCAUGAUGCCUUUGGAGGACAAAGUGUUUGAUGAUCCUGCACCAGUUUGGUAUCCUCUCCAGGAAAGGACGGAGCCUUUUGAGGAGUCAGUUAGUCACAAAGGUGAUGUCAUGUUGGCUUUGAAAUUUGUACCACCAGGAAGUGAUACCAGUGCUUCUGGUAAGGCAGGGAAAAACAAGAAAUCGAGAGGAUCCUUGCACGUUUUGGUCAAAGAAGCCAAAAAUUUAACAGGUGCCAAGGCUAAUGGAACUUCUGAUCCGUUCUGCAAAAGUUAUCUGUUACCUGACAAAGGAAGAAGUUCCAAACAGAAAACACCGGUCAUCAGGAGAUGCCUGAAUCCUGCCUGGAACUACACCUUUGUCUACGAUGACGUCACAUUGCAAGACCUUAACGAAAGGGCCUUGGAAUUGACUGUUUGGGACCACGACAGAUUGGGGAGCAACGAAUUUUUGGGGAUGGUUCGAUUGUCUUUGGGAACAGGAAAAUACCAGGACAAACAAGUCGAAUGGAUGGAUUCCCACGACCGAGAAAUGACCCUUUGGAGGUCCAUGCUGGACAGGCCCAAUUUUUGGGUCGAAGGAUGCAUUUCGCUGAGGAAUUCGAAUGUUGCAAAUAGUAAAGUUUAG